AUGGUCGCGAUCAUGCGAACCCACCUCUCCAACGACUUCGUGGUCACAGACCGAAACGGCGUGAUCGAAAACCGACAUGCCGUCCACGCCGCAAUCAUAGACAGCACCGGCAACCUUCUCUUUUCCCUGGGCGAUCCAACAAGAAUCACACUGGCCCGAUCAGCCGCCAAGCCCGCACAAGCCGUCGCGAUCCUUGAAACGGGCGCAUUCGAAAAAUACCAUUUCGACGAAGUCGACCUGGCGCUCAUGUGCGCUUCGCACAGCAGUGAAGAGCGGCAUAUCGCGCGUGCGCGCGCGAUUCUAUCCAAGAUCGGCGCGGAGGAAAGCGAUCUGCAAUGCGGCGGCCAUGUGCCUGUUUCGGCGGCCGUGGGUCGCGCGUGGAUCAAGGAGGACUUUGAGCCUACGGCUGUGUGCAGUAAUUGCUCUGGCAAGCAUGCUGGGAUGAUUGCUGCGACGAAGAUGCUGGGUGCGGAUGUGGGGACGUAUCAUGAUGGUGGGCAUCCGCUUCAGGUGCGGGUUAAGAAGACUGUGGAUGAGAUCUGUGGGCUUGGGGAGGGCGAGUCGGUUUGGGGCGUUGAUGGGUGUAAUUUGCCUGCGCCUGCUUUCCCGUUGGUUUGUCUGGGUCGGAUGUAUGCUUCUUUUGCGGCGGCUGUGGAUUCGGGUGAGGGUGCGGGGAGUGGUAGGAUACGAGCGCAGGCUCGGGUGUUUCGGGCUAUGUCUGCGUAUCCUGAGUUUGUUGCGGGGGAGGAUCGGUUCUGUACGAAUCUUAUGCGGGCUUUUGGAGGCGCGGUUAUUGGGAAGCUUGGGGCGGAUGGUUGUUAUGGGGUUGGGAUUCGGGCGUCUGCGCAGACGAAGCGUGUUGGUGCGGAUGGUGGAGUUGGGAUUGCGGUGAAGAUUGAGGAUGGGAAUAUUGGGAUAUUAUAUUCGGCAGUGACGGAGAUUUUGGAGCAGCUUCAAAUUGGCGAUUCUGGUAUGCGUCAAGAGCUGGCUCAAUUUCAUUCUCCCGAAAUCAAGAAUACCGUGGGCUUGGUGACCGGGAGAGUCGCCCCUCUGUUUAGUUUGCGUGUAGCGGCAUGA